AUGACUCGUCGCGUCCACGGCGAUCAGAGCACACCGCCGACCGAGGACUGUCACCGAGUGCCCGCAAAAGGGCAUCCUUGUAUUCCGCUAUCUGAGGUAACAGGCGGUGGCACGCGGGGCGCGGAGCCGUCGCCGCCAGAUCAUUCGCUCUACGACUCGCAACACGAUCGGUCGGUCUUAAUUCCGUCGCAGUCCGAUCGGCCCAUGACGAAACAGAGAGGGCCACAGGCGCGCAGAGAGGUGCGCGCGCGCCUCGCGGCAGACGCGUGUACCGUACCAUACACGCACACGUACACACACACGCCGAGCCUAAAAAACCAGUGCAACGCGGCGUACACGCGCGCGCGCACGCCGGGGCGAAGCGGUCGUGCGCCGCGAUCUGGUAUCUGGCAUCUGGCAUCUGGCAGCGCACCGAGGUCAGAUGGCCACGUCUGCGCGACGCAGGGAACGUGGUGGGGGUGGCACGCGUCUCGGGCAACGUUUACAUCACCGGCGCGAGACGAACCUGGCUUCGGAAGGCUUCGGACGAGCCUCGAAUCAGCGUGGGAGAUGCGGGACCGCGCGCGCGAGAGCGCGGGGACGCGGGGGCUAACGGGAGCGGCGGCGGGAGAGGAUGAAGUGGGUUACAUUGCGUACAUGUGUAAGAGUACAUACGACGUACGGUGCAUGGACAUAUGUAUUAAGGGGGGCAGCAGAGGGAUUUGGGGAGGAUCAGCGCGAAUCGGACGGACAUGGAGUAUUCGAAUGGGAAGAGAGGAACGAGGUACAUACACGCAUAUGCCGAAAGUGACAGCGAGGCGGCGGGGGCAGGACAAAUCGACAGAAAGGGACGGGAAGGAUCUGGCCUGGCCAAGUCUGGGCCACAAAGGACGGAUGGGGCGAGAGGAUGGCGGCGGGGGCGUACGUACAGCGGAGCAUACACGUUGGGUACAAGGGGUGGAGACGCUUACUACGAACGCGGGGCGCGGAACGAACAAUAGAGGGGGCGGGGGAAAGGAGGAGGAUGUGGAAGGGAGAAGCCGAGGACGCGACGGGCCCGAGGAGCGGCGCGAUCGGCGGGCUGGGCUGGGCGUAGCGACGUAUGAUGUGGGAGAAAGGGAACAGGACUGUAUGAACGGAGCAACGCGAAGAGGAGAGAGAAUGUGGACAGGGACGAGGCUGUGCUCGGGGAAUGAACGGAGAUGGGGAGGGCGCGCGCGAAUGGAUAGACGGGGCCGAAGGCGUAGAAAUAGCGGUAGCGACAAAGACGGAGACGGGGACGGGGACGGAAAUAGGGACAGAGACGGAAACAGCAGGAGGGACGAUGAAGGCAGCUCGAUGUCUCCCACCUCGGAGCAUGGGUCAUACAAAGUAGACCACGGCCGACGAAAGCACAACCGCAUCCGUCGAAUCAAAGGCGGAAGACCGCCAACGCCACGGGCAUCCAGCGGUCGCGGGGGUCCACGCAACGACACACACGCGACGACACGCACGCGCCCACGGCAAGUCAUCACGGGAGGCUCGCGAGCAGCCUCAGGGAACCACUGCCGUCGGAGUGGCGGUGGCGGUGCCCCCAUCCACAGGCGCGAAAUCAGCCGCCCACGCGCCCACACGGCGCCCGCGCGCCCUAAAGAGGCGUACAAUGGGGCCGGGUGGGGUGCACCGAAGCGCGACGACCGCGCGCGAUGA